GCCAUUGUGUAGCGACCGUCUGAUCGUAACGGUAAAGACUGAAUAAUGGGGCUUGAUUACAGUCCAUGAACGGCACAUCGUUCCGAAUCAAUCGUCGAGCACAAUCCCAGGAGCGCCAACAGCAGCCCUCUCUCUCCCCGGACAGAAUAGGAAGUGAUUGUGUCAGAGGACAACAUCAUCCUCCUGGAAAUGACUUGUUUCCUCCUCGUAUGGAACCAUUAGAGCAGGUAUGGGUUUGGGGUUCUGGAUGCAGGGCUGAUGGUGCAGCAGGCCUUACAGUUCCAGGCUGUCGCCCCUCACAGGAAGUGCACACAGGAAGUCACUCUUGACCCCAUCAGGAUCCUGCCCUCUGGAGGAGAGGUCAGUGUGAACAUCCAAUCAGCAGGCUGCUUGGGGACGGACACUGAGGUCAACACACUGGAGCAUGUGCAGGUGAAGGUGAGUCUCAGCAGUGUGUGUCGUGGUGACCUCUCCAUAGCCCUAGCGUCCCCGGCAGGCACAGUGUCUCUGCUCCUGGCCACGCGGAGCAACGAUGACUCGGCCGCAGGCCUGAGGAACUGGACCCUGAUGAGCGUCCAGUCCUGGGGGGAACACCCUCACGGCGUCUGGACACUCAAGGUGACAGACAACAAGGGGACAGUGGGCCGCUGUGUCAGGGUUAGCUCAGAGGAGGCAGCGGGGGCCAUCCUCAGUGUCACACUUCUCCUCUACGGCACCUACAACCCACACAGGAGCCUGCACGAAGAGCCCCUGCAGAGUUUUUUGUCCAUGGGGGCAUACCACCAUGUCCCUCGGGCGGGGUUGUAUGUUCGGGACAGGUACCCACCUCAGGACCUGAUCCAGAGGGCCUUUGAGCUAGAGAGAGACAGGAAGGUGGGCACUGAUGACAUCCCCGUCCCGCGCCAACGCAAGAAUUCCGAACUGGUUCAUCAUCCGGUGCAGUCCUUCAAUGUUCUGGAUCUGGAUGAUACUGAUGGAGCAGACCUCCACUCCCACCUAAAGCUCAUGUGGAACACUCUCAGGGAUAAUGUGAAGACCAACUGGUUUCUCUAUAAGUCCAUUACAGGGAAUCAGUCUCCACAGUUAAGAUGGGCAGACAUUGCCCUGCAGAACUUCCUGGGGUCAGGACCAGUGGUGGGGGUAGAGCCUCCUGGGAUGAUGCAUAAACUCCGUGACAGUGUGGGCGGAGUCACCAGGUCCUCACCACCUCAAAAAAGGACACAGCUAUUGCAUGAUGUCGCCGUGGACGUCCGAGAGAUGCCCCUUACGGAUCUUCUCCGAACCAGCAGAGCAACGGCACGCAGGGCAGACCGUGGGCAGGGGCAGAGCAGGGGCACCGGCCAGUGAGGGCAAGGGGCACAGUUGAAACAUCAUUAUCUCUCAGACCUGGUCCAACAGAGACUGUAAAGAGAACUAUGGGAUCUGUGUGUUUACAUUUGCCUAAAUGUGAGAGCGGGAGAAAGACAUUUUCUACAUUAGCCUUAAUAAAGAGGAUGAGGUUUAUGAAUAAAAAAACAUUCUCACACUCUUACACAAAAACGUUUUUGUUUAGAAAAUAAAUAAUUCUGCACAAUUCUCAAUAACCACCUCCUGUUUUGACUCUUGCUGCCAAAGUUGUAAAGGUUUAUAAAA